ACUGGGGCAGCCCAUUGCCGCAAACGACAUAAUUGUUCAUCGAUUAUCCCGAGAUUGAUCCGUGAAGAGCACCGCGAUUUUCCGCGUCCGUUUCCUACGCGGCAAUUCGCAAAAGUUUUAAACAUACCGGAAGUGCAUCGAAGCAUUGCAUUGCGCAAUGCUUGUUGAAAGCUGCUGACACGUUAAUUGGUAGCGACAAAUUGUUGGCUCAACAAUAUAUUGUUUUUCUCCGGGGCUAGUCAGGGAGGAGGUCUCAUUCCACGACACACACAGGACAAACUGUGGUGAUUGCUGUACACGACAGAUGCAAUAGGAGAACAUACACUAACAAUUGGAGUACAUAGUUCAUGUCGUGGUCGUCCACGCUAGACGAUUCCAGGAUUUAGGGGAAUUUUCCCCAGCUGAAAUAAUUUAAACAGUGCUUUCAACAACUCAUCAACCAGUCAUAAAACUCGACAGCCGGAAAAGCAGUAAAGAACCUCUUCAGUGCAAGCCCUUUCGCCUCCCCGUCGAUAGAGGUACACAAGUGAGUGAACAAGCAGUUCGACAGGAGAUAAAAGUUAAUUAAAAGUGAUGUGUUCGGAAGUGAACGGAGUACCGGAACGAUCCGGUGCCGAAUCUGGUGGUCAUCAUCACGACCACCACCUCCAGCUCCACCAACAGCGACACCAGCAAUCAUCGACAGCGGCAUCAAGCAUGAUUCGCCAUACUCGUCGUCCGUCAUCACAAGCAUCAAACCGCUGCUCGACGGUGGCGUGGCGGAGUAGCGAAAGUCGGCGGAUGACGGUGCUAUCCUGGGUGCUGAUUGGGUUGUGCGUCGUUUUACCAGUGAUAGAUGCCCUGCUGGCUGUGCAGGUUACAGUGCCACGAGCUGUGCGGAGAGGAGACAGUGCAGUACUGUACUGCUACUAUGACAUGGGAGACGAGAAGCUGUACUCCGUCAAGUGGUACAAAGGACGUCGAGAGUUCUACCGGUACACACCAAAGGAAACCCCACCGAUGAAGGUGUUCUCCGUGCCGGGGGUGCAAGUUAAGCGCGUCUCAUCCAACGAGAGCCAGGUGACGCUGAACGCGCUAAACCUUUUGUCAUCGGGCAGAUACAGCUGCGAGGUGUCAGCGGAAGCGCCAUCCUUCCACACGAUGAUCGUCACGGGCGAUUUGGAAGUUUGCGAGGUUCCCAAGCACGUGCCACUCGUCCAUGGUAUUCGCCAACGGUACCGACUGGGAGACAUCCUCCGGGGCAAUUGCUCCUCGGCGCACUCGAGGCCGGCCGCCAAUCUGACGUGGUAUAUCAAUGAGCAACCGGUUAAUCCCUCCCAUAUAAGGAACCAUAAGCCGUUUAGAGACCGCAAUUCCGACCUGGAAACUUCGACCAUCGGGUUGCACUUUGUUGUCGGCAAUCAACACUUCCUGCACGGAAAGCUAAAGGUUCGCUGCACUGCCAGAAUCCAUGAUAUCUAUCUGCAAUCGACGGAGAAAACCAUCUACGAGGAACGACCCCACGUCAUUUCGGCGGCAUCGUCCUCCUCCAACGGAAAUGGCAUCAACCAGAUACACAACAUCCCGUACGAUCAGUUCCAGCUAGACAACGAAGUGGACCGGAAGGACUACAUGACGCACUUGCAGGGGGACAUGUCAUCCUCGGCGUCCGGCAGUGUGCCCUCGGUGACGAGAUCGGUGCCAUCAAUCAGCUCAUCCCGGCUUCUGCUGGCGCUGCUGGCGGAGGCAACCGGGCUGCUAAUAGUUUUUCACCAUUUGCUCAAAUUCGGCACGAUUUCCAUAACAUGAUUCCGUGACGUGCAUUAGUGAUGUGAUUUCGGGUUUAACUUGGAUGCUUGGUGUUUUCUUUUUUUCGUUUGGUCUGUUCGUGUGCUUGGUGUUGGGAGAAAAAGCGAAGAGCGCCAGAGAAAGCAUCUACGUUUUGAGGUAAAAGUUUUAUGCAACAAUUGACGGAAUUUUCUGAACAACAACAAUAUGAGUGGUGAGUGGUGCACAAUCUGUAAUGAAAACAAGUUCUAUUGAAAUUUACAAUCUACUCAAAAAAAUCGAAGGCCAGCAUUGCUAAGCACAUAAAUUUAAUCGUGAAUGCAAAAAAAAAAUAUAUUUCAUAUAUGAAUGUUCGAUCUUCCAUGAAUUACGAAACUGUGUCAACGGAAAGUUUAAGAUAUCCAAUGAAAUUUUUCGUUUUCACCUAAACGAUAUCCUUAUGAUUUUGAAUAUAUUUCCGAUACCCGAUUUUUCUAAAAUUUUAUUGGAAUUCUCUGAAGAACUUUAAAAACUUAAUCCAUCAGUAAAUAAUCGUGUUGUUAGGUACAGUUUAUAGUGUUUUUGAAACGUCCAGGUUAGUUUAAGAAGGCAAUUGUGAAUUUCCAUUAGAAUUUGUUUUCCAAGUGCCCUAUACGAAUGCAUGAAAUGGACUGCCUUUCUCGUUUUUUGUUUGCGUUUUUAUUGCCUCUACAAGUCAGUGUGUAUGUCUCUCGGAUCGGAAGUGAGUGUGCAUGAGGAACAAGAAAAAAAACAGUACCGGAAAUUCCACCAUCCCACUAAGUUUUAUGGCCCGCCUGUUGGAGUCCGGAACCCGUUGCGUUGCGUUGGUUGGACGAAAGAAGAAUGGCUUUUCGGCGGAUUACGGACGGACAACAUGAAAGACGAGGAGGUGCGCCGGCCGGAAGAUAAGCAGCUGCACGGGAUGAAAGUGCGCGCGUGAUGAAGGUGUUAAUGAUAGCGAUGACUCUGAUUAAUGGUUCUUUCUGGCGAGUGCGUGGAAAAUGUAUGCUGUGCUGAGUGUGAGUGGAAUAUUUUUGAAGGAACUUUAAGAUUUAAGGGACAGCUGGUUGAGGGGUGAAGAAAAUAAGAAUGGAAGUUGGAAUACUUAGAAUAAAACAAUGGAAAUUUCAG